AUGGCAGCUAUUCUUGCUACACUUGAAGCCAAGAUCAACGACUAUCUCAAACCGAAAAACAAGGAGGACUGGAAGGAGAAGACGUUCACUCAGGCGGAAAAAUUCUCUGGAAUUCCGAGAGAAAGGAUUGUGUCCAUGUCGAUCCUCAUGCUCUCCAUCUACGUGCUCCUCGGCAACUUUUUGCCAUUGUUCUCUCACAUCAUCUGCGUCUUCUGGCCAGUCAAGGAGAGCUUCAAGAUUCUCCGCCAGCAAAAGGCUCCAACGGACAACAUUCUUCUCUACUGGAUCCUCUACGCCAUCGUCUCACUUUUUGACUUCUCGGCACUUCCCGGUGUUCCAUUCUACUACUUCGCCAAAACCGGACUCUUCUUGUCUAUUACAACCAACGGAAUGUAUAAACUGAAAGAAUGGUCUGAGCCAGCCCUUCGUUUCACUGAAUCCUGGGUUCUGGUGACACCACAGCCGGAUGUGGUCGUUGGAAAUCAAUAA